AUGGAUCUCUUGAGAAUUUUAGAUGGUACUCCUGAACCACCAAUUAUAGAUCUCCAUCUUCAGAAUUUGAGCACCAGUGGAGAUUAUGCUCUUCCAACGCCAAUGUAUGAUUUCCAAAAGGAACUAACGGAUCAAAUCGUUUCAUUACACUAUCCAGACAUUUUGAAAUUUUGUGAAACCGAUUCCACUAAUGAUCUGAUAAUGCAAUCAUUGCAAAUUUGCUACGAAAACUGCAUCUUGGUUAGUGUUCAUCCUUAUUUAUUGAUUAACCACUAUAUGCCGAAAAAUUUGACCCUGAAGGAUAUACUGAGUAAGCUAGCAGAGACGAGUGGGAAAUUUAAUGUCUUGAAAGACUUGGUUAAUGUAGUAGUUGGAAGGACCAGUGUGAAAAGAGACAAAAAUGUAGGAAUUGUGAUGUACAAUAAUGGAAAAUUCUUCGAUUUGGUGGAGGCCUUGUUAUUGGGGAGCAAGGGUAACAAAGUGAUUCGAAGAUACGUGGGGAAUAGUGUUAAGAAGGAGACUAAGAGUAGAGCAGCACAAGCUGCCGCUGCAGCAGCUGCGGCAGCUACCUCCACAAGCAAUGGGCAGUCAUUGUCUACAACUUCUGGUACAUCUUCCAAUGGUAGUACUGGUACAACCACGCCAGCACCACCAAGUACACCUUCAGGAAGAGGCGGUAAGUCCAAAGCUGGACCUGUUAAUACAACAAAUAUCCACCUUAUCCCUCAUGAUGGGCAAUUGACGCGAGAUCAAAGCGUGUUAGACUCUACGAAGUUUGACUUUCUUAUUAUUUUCGAUAGUUAUGUGGAUACUGAGUCUGAAUUUGUUCGUCAGUUAAGAACCCAGCAAAGAGGAGAUAAUGAGUGCGUUAUGAUCAGAUUAAUUCCUAUGAAAACAAUAGAGCACGUUCAAUUCCAUUAUGGCCAGAAACCACGGAAAUCAGACAAGGCUCAUCUAUACAAUCUCAUUUCUUCCAUAGUCUGUCUUAGAGACCAUAUAGGAAUCCUUCCACCAGAUUUGAUUCCAAUUUAUAAUCAGAACUUGAAUUAUUUAAGUCAUACAUUCUUUGACAAUAUUAUCAAGACAGAAGAAGACAACAGAUCUCAUAAAGUUGAAUUUCCAGCGUGGCCAUUACCUGACUUACCUUCCAUUCCCUUUUUCAACGCCACUGACGUGGAAAGGAGUUUAUUGACAGAAGUUCAAUACCAUUAUACACCGUACGAUACUUCAGAGAAUUACAAUAGCAAUGGUGGGUUGACAGCGAACAACAAUAACUCGAUGAGUGCCAACAUUUCGACAUUUGGGUCAGGAUAUAGCUCCAGUGCUACUGCGAAUACCAAGAAGACUUAUUAUCAAUCCAAAAGAAUUGAACAAAACUAUGUGACAAACCCAUUGAAGAACGACAUGAAUGUACUAAGUGGUAUCAUGCCACUUAGUGGUGGUGCCUCAAUUGAAGUUGCACUUACCCAUAAGCUCAUCAUGAGGAUGAAUACAACUUACAUACAAUGGAAAUUGAUUGAAAAGGAACAUCAAGAGUUUUUGAAGUAUCAAGAUGACAAUGAUAAUGGCAAUAUAGUUUUCGACAUUGGUGAUCGAAUUGAAGGGUUGAAGAAAUGUGGAAGACGCCUUUCAGAUACCAAAAAAGUACUUUCGUCUAUUAUUGACGAUGUUAACCAUGCAAAAUUCAGAAUCUCAUCUGCUGAAAAGAGGUAUCAAAAGAAAAGUGAUGAAAUUGAGCAAGCAAAGAGAGAAAUAAUCAGCUUUGAAUCAACUCUUAAAAAUUUUAUUUCCGAGUUUAAAAUAGUGUCCCCAAAACUCAUUACGUACUACGAAAAUCAAAUCAAAAUUUGGUCACUUCAGGCAGAAAUCCAAGAAAGCUUAGAUAGGAUCAUUCUGAAGAAAGAAGAAAAAUCAUACAUGCAAGCAGAAUAUCAGAACGCACAGAAUUCAUUAUUUGAAUUUAAAACAAAUAUGAUAGAUUUGAAGAAGGAAAAUGAGGACCUCAAAAGGAAAGUGAAUGAAUUGGAAGAGCAACAAGAAGAAGUGUAUUCUGAGUUCAAAAAGCGCAAAUCUGAGAUAGUCGAUGAAAUUGGACCUGAACGAGAAAAAGGCAAACUUCUAACCAUUAAGUUAGGUAAAUCUUGGAAGUUCUUGAAGCAUACGUCGCAUUUAAAGAAAAGGAAGGGGAGAGGUACUCCUCCAGGUAGAUAA